AGCGUCUGAAGGUUUGUUGUUCUCUACAAGUUCAUCAUACAUAGCCGUGGUUGCUAUUGAUUUUGGGACCACAUACAGUGGUUUUGCUUUUGCUUUCAACCACAAGAAGGGAGAAGGAGGCAUCCAUAUGAACAGAGCCUGGGGUCAUGACCAGGGAACUGCUACUCUUAAAACACCCACCUCUCUGCUUCUUCAUCCUGAUGGUAGCUUUGAUUCAUUUGGAUACGAAGCGGAAGAAAAGUACGCCAACUUCCUUGAUGGUGAAGAUUGAGAUUAUCUUUACUUCAAACAUUUCAAAAUGGCACUACACAAGUCAGAGACAUUAGACAGAAAUACAAAGCUGACGGCUCGAAAUGGAAAAAGAAUUGAUGCUUUGGUUGUUUUUGCCCACUCAUUGAGGUAUCUCAAAGAUUGAGCUAUCGAAAUUAUUCGCGAGAGAACUGGAGACGAAAAGUAUAAUGAAAAGGACAUUCGGUGGGUCAUGACUGUGCCUGCCAUUUGGAGACCCGCUGCUAAGCAAUUUAUGAGAGAAGCCGCUUGCAAGGCGGAGAUGGUAUCGAAUAAUGCCCCUGAACAGCUGCUUAUUGCCUUGGAACCAGAAGCAGCCUCUAUACACUGCAGAGAAAUGAAGAUGAGAGAAUUCGCUAAUGAGAAAGGGGAUGCCACUGUAUCUGACGUCUUUGCUCGACCUGGGUCAAAAUACCUUGUUAUUGAUAUCGGAGGCGGAACUCUCGACGUCACAGCUCAUGAAAUCUUAACAAAUGGGAACAUUAAAGAAAUCCACCAGGUGACCGGAGGACCUUAUGGUGGAACUAAAGUUGACGAGGAGUUCGUUUCCCUACUUGAGAGGUUUUUCGGAACUUAUCAGGUGAAAAACUUCCGUGAAAACCACCCAGCAGAAUGACUGGAGAUAAUGAAUGAAUUUGAGAUGAAGAAGCGAGGGCGCCGUGCUCAUGAGGGUGAAACAACCAGAAUUCGCCUUCCCCGAACCUUUACAGCACUGGUUUCAGAGCAAGGUGGGCCUGAUCUGGCAAGUCGAUUUGCAAGUUCCUGUAGAACUGACGAUGUCCAAUUCGUCAGAAAUGAAUACUUCUGCAUAGGACCGGCGGCCAUGAAAAAAUUUAAAUUAGCCACUUCCGGCUUCUUUCUAGGAAAACAGACAUCCGGGAGAUACAGUCGAUACACGCUGGGGCAAUUGCUACUUGAUUCAGUAAUGGCGUACUUUACGCGUGGAAAAACGCCACCUAACUCCAUUCAACCAAGUGGAUAUGAAUCCAAAACGCACCCAUCGGCAUCAACUGCAAAUGAUGAGGAAUGGCCCAUAGCAAAACUAAUUGAAGCAUCACGACAACUCCCUUCGCGACUCGAGAAAUUGGAGCGACUGCAAAGGCAUGCUGCUUUGGCAGAGAGAAAAGUCAGCAUGGACCAAAGAAGAACUGAAAACACGUUGAGCAAAAACAGACAGUCUGAGCUUGAGGCAGAAUACACGAAUGACUUCAGGGAUGGAAGACGCGUUGACGUUCCAAGCAACGCUAGCAUUGCAGUUGUUCAAGGUGCUGUGAUGUUUGGCCAAAGACCUGACAUUGUCGACUCCAGAAUCAUGUCUACGACUUAUGGCUUCAAGAUUAACCACCCGUUUGAUCCCAGUCUUCAUCCAAUUAACAAGAAGCACUUCGUUGACGGCGUAGCCUACUGUAAAGAUUGCUUUGAGGUUCUUGUUAAAGAGAAUGACAUUGUGAGGACAGGUGAAAAGAAAGUCUUCGCUCAUUACCGCCUACUGAAAGGAAGUCAAACAGCUGCAAGGUUCAGUUUUUUCACCUCGACCGAUCCUGACGCCAAAUAUUCGACAGACGCUUCAGUUAGCAACCCGAUAGGAGAGGCUGUCGUCGAAUCGCCUGACGUUGCGAAAGGAACCAAGCGAAUGAUUGACUUGGCCAUAGAGUUUGGUGGGACUGAGAUUAAAGCUACUGCAAUAGACAGAAGCAGUGGGAACACUGCCACGGUUUAUCUCGACUUCCUGUGCAAUAAGGAUUAAAAACCAAAAAUCGCCGGAGAAGACUUGAAGUCCCCGAGUGAAUAUAUGACAAACCUGACAACGUUUAAGAGACACCACAUUUGUUAUCACUGGAUCAAGAAGACACCUUGUAUGGUGUCCAUUGUGAAUAAAUCCCCGUCGCAACUAAACCUGACAUUUUGAGGCAUCUUUGAACUUCAUUACAUAAUUGAAACGCCAGAUUGCUAGAAAUCUUAUAAUACUUAGACCCAGUGGAGUGUCAAGAUAUCCACUGAAUUGCAAACUCUUGAUUUCUUAGAAAGGAGUGAGACUACAAACUCGAGCAAAACUGCAUUUAAGUUCAGUUUUGACUACGCCAGUCAGUUAAAAAUUGGCAUUACCACUGCAUGCGACUUUUUUUCGUAGGCUCUUGUCAAGGGAGUUUGAUCUUGAAAUAAGUGGAUAAUUUUCCGACUAAUUUUAAAAAUCAAGGGCUAGCGUCUUAGAGAGCUAAACACUCGCUUUGGUAACCUAUUAUGAAAAAGAUACCUAUACACACUAAAACUAUAGCCUAGGGGCGCUCGCGAAAAGUCUAAAUUAGCCAGCCAAACCGAUGUAUUUAUUCAGAUAAUACUGUAAAAAAACUAAUUUACUAAACCGCUCCAGCCAUGAUGAACUUGUUUAAAAUUGCCGGAUAUUUACAGAAAAAUGACAAAAGAAUAAAAUUCAUGCACAGCUCAUAUUCCUGCCGUUUUCAAAUCGGUAGAACUGUGUUCAGUCCACUAUUUACGUUGUUCUUAUUUGCUAUACAGUCACAUAGAAUAACUUGACUUUUAUUCAAUAAGUUUUUGUUCCUAUCCACCUACGAGUUUUACAGAAUUAGUCUCAAAAGUAAAAUCGAAAUGGCAAAGAGAAAUCCUUCC